AUGAGUUGCAGUAACAGCCUCGUUCAGGUGCACAAAUUGGUGGAGCAGCUUCGGCUGGAAGCAAGCAUGGAGAGAAUAAAGAUCUCUCUCACAGCAGUAGAUUUGGUCCAGUACUGCCAGGACCACAGGCGCAGUGACCCUCUAAUUACCAGCGUUGCUGCCUCCUCCAAUCCAUUCAAAGAUAAGAAGUCUUGUGUGCUGCUUUGA